AAUCACAAACAAAAAGGGUAAACACAUUCAACAUUUUUUCCGACAACCUGGUAUUUCCUGCACAUGGAUAGCUAUUUGCCUAAAUUGUCUUCUUGUUGAGGAAGCCCAUGAGUAGGGCAUCGAAUUUAACCCGUGGGUCUCUAGACGCACACGAACCUGUAAAAUGUGUUGUAGUUGGAGAUACAUCGGUUGGAAAAACUCGCUUGAUUUGUUCCUAUGUGUAUGAGGAGGAAGGAAAGUCAAUUAGUUUCUUGUGUACACGAAGGCAUGUACCAACAGUUUUUGCAAUUGACCAAUACACAUCAAACAACUCAAUUCGAAGCCGUGUUUGUGUACAGGGUUUACAAGCACAGUUACGUAUUUGGGAUACUUUUGGUGAUCAUAGGAAAAAUCGGAAGUUUGCUUACCAAAAUGCACACGUUGUUGUUGUGUGUUUCAGUAUUGGAAUGGCUUCUUCUCUCAGAAGUGUGAAUGCUAAAUGGUAUCCUGAGAUAAAGAAAUACUGCCCUAGAGCACCAAUAAUAUUAGUUGGAACACAACUAGACCGUCGACAUACAGAUCGCACUGCUUUUAAAAAUUUUCAAUUUACAACUUUAACAGAUAUUCUUAAUCAUGGUAUAAAAAGACCAGUGGCUCGAUAUGCUAAUGCUGAUGAUAGGAAAUGUAUUCCACCAGAAGCUGGCAGGCAAACAUCAAGGGAAAUUAAUGCUAUUGCUUAUUUAGAGACUAGUAUUGUCACAAAAUAUGGCAUAGAUGAUGUUUUUGAAAAUGCAAUUCAAGCUGCUUUUUCAUCGUGGAGAUUAUCGAGACCACUUUUCUGCUCUCAUCAGAAGAUUGUAAAAAAGUCAUUAAUACAAAAGCCAUUUUUGCCAGACAUACCUGAAACACCAACUAUCCACAUUUCAAAUGAUAACUCAAGACUGGAUUUUUCCCCAUUCCUAGAAGAUGAUAGCUUUAGUGAUAUAACAUUCAUGGUUGAACAUGAAUUGAUACAUGCACAUUGUAUUGUUCUGUUAGUGGGGUGCCCUGUGUUUUAUUUACUUUUAACACAUCCAAAAAUCUUGAAUGUGCUUGGAUAUGAUCUAUCGAUUCAAACCAAUUCAAAAAGUAUAUGUGUAAAUACAGGAAAAAUAAAUGGUUCUGUUGUUGAAGGUGUUCCAACAGGUUUUGAAACAAUUCAUUUGCUAGCUGAUGCACAAGGCAAAUGUAAAAUAUUUGUUAAAGUAGCAUCAGUACUAGCUUCUCAUUUUAAGUGUAUUUUGGAAUUUAUUUACACUGGUCAAAUUUCUGGAAAUCACAACCCAAUGCACCUUAUUCAGACAGCAAUAUAUCUUCAAAUGGACUUGGUUUCAAAAUAUAUCUCCAACACACUAAACCAGGACAGUGCUGCUAAUUCUGAACUUCUCCAUCAAGUGUUUAUUAAAAGACACCUGAAUGUUUACCAACAUUUAUUUAAAAGAUCUCUUUAUGCUGAUGUUGCAUUUUUAGUUGAUAACACCAUUGUACCAGCACAUAAACAAGUUCUUGUGUCUGCUUGCCCAGUGAUGGCUGGUAUGUUUAGGAACGAUUGUUUUAAAGAAAGCAUGACAAAAAAUAAACUUUUCAUCAUUUCACUGUGUGACCUACUGAAAGUGCACAUGAGUCACUGCAUGGGAGAUUAUGAACAAAAGUUUAAAGUUAAAUAUAUUGCUAAUAUACACGCAUCAGAUUACUUUAUAAUGUUAAAAUUUUUUGGUAAACGUCUUUCGCUGACUAAAGAAAGAAAUGUGAAAUGUAUCGUUGUUGGUGAUACUGCUGUUGGAAAGACAAAAUUAAUUGGAUCGUAUAUUUAUAAUAAACCAAAAGUUGAUGUUUGUCAGCUAAAUCAACAUUGUCACAUACCAACUAUAUUUGCUUCUGAUAUAAAGACAACGAAAAAAUUGUUAUUUGAAAAUAUACCUGUUAAUCUUAGCAUUGUUGAUACAUUUGGUGAUCAUGUUAAGGAUAGAGAAUAUUCAUAUAAAGAUGCUGACGUUGCAGUUAUUUGUUUUAGCAUAGGACAGAAAAGUUCUUUAGAAAGUGUUAUUUCAAAGUGGUAUCCAGAAGUAAAGUAUUUUUGCCCUAAAGUCCCUAUAAUUUUAGCUGGGACACAAUAUGAUCGUCGUCACAAUGAUCCUGAAAUUUACAGCCACUGUGUUUCCAAAAUGAAGACAUUGCGUGAAUAUUUGUUAUCAGAACCAACUAAAUUGAUAUUAACUGAAGUCAUUGAUGUUGACUUAUGUCGCUCUAUUGCAGCCAAAAUUAAAUCAGAAAUUUACAUGGAAACAAGCAUAUCAACAAAAUAUGGUGUAGACUCAUUAUUUAGCAAUGCUGCCAAGCUGGCACUGUCACAAAAAAUAAAAACAAAAAUAAAUGUCACUAGAAGAAAUCUUUUGCAAACACCGUACCUACCAACAAAAGAUCCAUGCCCAGUCAUUAAUAUCUCAAAAAUAACACCAGAUGUUGUUAUUUUUUCUAGUUUUUUCACUCCAUAUGAAAGAGACCAAAUGACAGAUGUGGCUUUUAAUGUGAAUGGAGAAAAGGUUUAUGCUCACAGUGUUGUUUUGAUGCUGACAUCAUCACUUUUCUACGAGCUGUUUAAAAUAAUAGAUGAUACAUGUAGAUCCAAGAAACAUAAUUAUAAACAGGAGCUAGAAUAUAAAAAAGCUUUGUUUAAUUUUGAUUUUAGCUGUAACUUGCCACAGGGCUUUGAAGCUAUUAACGCUGGUGAUCAGGUUACUGAAAUUAAAAUAAAAGAGGCAAGCAUCAAAGAAAUGAGGCAAAUAUUAGAAUUUUACUACACAGGAGAAAUUCAAAGUCUUGAUAACUGUCACCGAUUACUAGCAGUUGCUAAUUUUUUUCAGCUAGGCACCAUGUUUCAAUAUGUGCUAGGUAUUGUUACUGGUCAAUUUAUUGACAUGACAGAUGUGCUUUCUCUUAAAGUGCUUCAUACUGGUCAGAAAUUACUCAAUAAUAUUUCAUUUAGUGAUGUAACUUUUAAUAUAAAAGGACAUUUAGUUCCUGUGCAUAAAGUGAUACUGGCACGACGGUCUAAAAUGUUUGGAUCAAUGUUUGAUGGUAAUUUUGUUGAAGGUCGGUUUGAAGAGGUUGAUUUUCAACACACGAAUCUCGAAAGUUUUUUGGCCAUGUUGGAGUACUUGUACACAGGCGAAUGUCACCAUUAUGGCGACCUGCAUGGAACCCUGCAGUUGGCUAACUUUCUAUGCUUGCCAAGGCUUGUAGCGCUUUGUGAGAAAGAAAUUGUUAAUUACAUCACGGAAAUGCACGAGAACGAAGACAGAGAAGUGUAUUCCGCUGUGUUAGCCACAUACAAAAUUGCACAACUGCACAAUGCACCGCAACUGUCUGCGUGGUGUUUACAUUUCAUGUCCACCAACUAUAACCAGCUGUGCAAAGAAGAACAGAAGCAAGUGAAGCAGCUUGAUGAGUCGACAUUAAAACAUUUAGAAGAACAUCGAUGGCCGCCAGUGUGGUAUUUAAAAGAACAGGAUUACUACGAACGAACCAUAAUGGAAUUAGAACGUGAAGAAAACGAAAAGAAAAAACGUCACCGGAAAUAUACAACUUGUUUUUAAUUUAUUUGUUAUGUGAAAGCUGAAACAAAAGUGAAAGUAAUUUUGUUUAUCAUAAAAAACUAUAUGAAAGUAUAACGUAAAAUAUUUCCAUUUAUUUGAGGAAUUCAUUUUGCAGGUUCUUGGAAAGGAAAGUGAAAACGAAACUUUCACUUCCAACUAUCAUAAAAAAUGGCCUCGCAUCAAUGUGUAAACUAUGUUUUGUUUCGAACCGUGAUAUUCAACGCGGGAUGAAUUUGAUUUAUGAUUUCGCAAGAAAUAUUUUCAGAUUUCAGGCUAAUCCUAAAAAAUAAAUGCCACAUUUAUCCCGCAAAAAAUAGGAAAAUUUGAAACCACCCUGUCUAUAGCAGGUACGGGUGACAAAGGAAAAGAGUCCGCUUUGUGCAGGUUUAAGUAUUGUAGUAUAUGUUUUUUACAACUUACGAUACGAAUAUAUGAGGAGACUAGUUUUGUUUAUGUAGUUAAUGAGCAAAUUUUAUUUAUAAAAAAAAAAGAAAAAUGUAUUUCUCAUGAAAAAAAAGAAAAAAAUUUUUUGCCGGUCUAAGAAUCCGCUUUGUAGAGGUUUAACUUGACCCUCCUAAAGAAGCCUUAUCAAUUUUUUGUUUCAUAUCCUUGCAUUAUAAUAUUUAUUCAGAGAUUUUCUUAUUAUAUAGUUUAUAUUUUUAAGUUUGAAUUAUUAGUUUUUAACUUAUUUAAAAUUGAAUCAUAAAAUUUAUAAUGUUGAUGUCAACUAUAGAUUGUGUUGUGUUGUCGCUUUUAUUCACGUUUAGACAAUGUCGAAACCACGCAGUAAAUAUAUCUGCUUUUUUUGGGACGUUAGAAAAGCGAAUUUUGUUUAUUCGGAAUGACAGGAAAAGUACUUCUAUACUUUCUACUGUUAUAAGUUUUAUUAAAUUUUUCCUCUUUUGACGUUUAUAUUUGCGUUGAUAACAGACUAAUAAUGAUCACAGUUUUCGCCCUGACUAACUCACAUGAUACGAAUCUUUUUUCUCGCUGUCGUCACCUCUGCUGGUCAGAGAAUGAAUCGACCGGACAUGUGUUUUAAAACAAUUUCAACAUGUGGGUGAUACAGGACGACUUCCGCAUCAUUUUAUUUCUAAGUAACAAAUUUUUAUGUUUAUUUGAAUUUUUCAUGUAACAAUUAAAGAAGUGUCUUGACACUACAAAUUUUUAUUUUGUUGUGGAUUCUUUUAACAAUGUAAAAUUGAUUGUAUAUUAUUGUUGUUUAUAUAGCUCUUUUUAUUUAUUUAUGGAAAAGUUUAAGAAAGACUGUUAUUUUGUUUUUGCA